UCUAAACACAGGGAUUCGUUGUAUGCAUUUUUGACUUCGUGUGUAAUAUGAAACGAAGCAAUGCGUUGUACAUGUUUUUUUCAAACUCUGUGUAUGUGGUGCCUUGACCUGAUGUCGUUUCUUUCGUAAGCACUUUCGUUUGCGGUGGUGUAAUGUGUUUUAAAAGGCAAUAUGGAACAGAUGACCUCAUAUGUGCUAGUACUUUUUGACUAUGACGGUUGCACAUUGAUAACAACACCAAGACACCUGGCAGGAGCUAGUUCAGAAGUGCUAGACAUUGCUUCCAGAACCACCAUGAUGUACAAGGGAAAGCAACAUGAUGUUGAAAUCUUGCAAAUAUCAGAUUCAUUUGAAAGUCUUGAUGCAUUUGAAGAUGAAUGGACAGACUCUCACAGAUCUUUAGAGCUGACCCAAGAGAAACAGCGAAGGAAUAGCAGGAAAGGCAACAAGUAUGGUGGCUUCCUUGACAUUUGGCCGGCAGAUCCACAGGACACUGAGGAGAAUUCAACAGAGGCGCUAGACAUCUGUACUAGACAAUCAAUAACGACCAACAAAAGACCGAAGAAAAAGCAGGCUUCUUCCAGAAUAAUUGCUGAUAAAACAACUCUUCCAAAACAAACUCACAUAGAGGGUACAAAUGGGCGGAAAGCAACGGUUCAUUUUGAGGGAGCAGAGGAAAGAGAUCCUCAACAUGCCUCACCAUCACGACAGCCAAACUUUACAGAGGGUCUGUCACUGGAUCAGAUAGACAUAGUGGAACUUCAUGUUCAGCAACACCAACACAACUGCGCCAUUGUUGCAACACAAACAGAUCAUGUGAUACUGUUUGACACUGCAGAGGAUUUUCGAAGAGAACUUAUUCAGAGUGCAACGCCCAGGCUUUCAAAGAGUUCUCAAUGCAAGCAAUCAACCACAUCAAUCGGAACACAGACAGACAUGGACAACAGUGGCGAAACUAAUAAAUUAAUUCUGAAUAAGCUGGAACACCUCAUCAAUCUCCAGAAAAGAAGGCUGUGUAUGACUGAGAAAGAUANCUGGUUAGAUUUAGAUGGUCAAGAGGAUUUUCGAAGAGAACUUAUUCAGAGUGCAACGCCCAGGCUUUCAAAGAGUUCUCAAUGCAGGCAAUCAACCACAUCAAUGGGAACACAGACAGACAUGGACAACAGUGGCGAAACUAAUAAUUUAAUUCUGAAUAAGCUGGAACAUCUCAUCAAUCUCCAGAAAAGAAGGCUGUGUAUGACUGAGAAAGAUACCGAAGCCUCUUCAACAAACACACCUACUUCUGCCUCUUCUUCAACUUCCAACAACACCUCAACAUUGCCCAACGAGUCAUUGAUUUCCAUUUAUGACUUUACCUCCUCCUGCUCCACAAGUUCCAGUGUGUCAAGGCCUGCCAGUCCCACCCCGUCUUAUUCUCAUCAGGACCUGUUUUCAUUCUUGGAUUCUGAUGUAGUAGUGCCUUGUUCAGGGCAGUCCAUUUACAACUUUGAAAUUAGACCAUCAGACCAGCCUGUGAUUUUUGACCUAGAUACACAGACACCAGAACUAUUAGUGGAAGAUCUCAAUGCAGAGACCUUAUUCAACCUGAAAGACAACAGUUCUAAUAAACUUUUUGCAUGGACUUUGACGAAGAAACUCUUCACACCGCAGGAGUUUGUAGGUCGAAAUUUUUAUGGCAACAGAGGGAAACUUGGACUUUCUCCUAGGCGUAGACGGGCAAUCAUCUCAGCCAUACAGCGCACCUGUGGAAGUGGAGAGGUGCGAAAAGCUGUGGAUGCCAUUAACUCCGGAUUACGGAAACUCAACCGAUAA